AUGCAAAAUAUACAUGAAGAUUCAACCAUAGUUAGCUCUGAUGACAUGCUUGAAAGUGUUGUUGGUAUUGAUCCUCUCAAUAGCAGACUACCAACAAAGCCUCCCUUAGAGCCAUACGAAGGAAUGGAGUUUGCAUCAAUUGAAGAGACGAGAAUUUACUACACAAGGUAUGCUAAGAAUACAUGUUUUAGUUUUCGUAUGGGUCGUGUUACUAAAUCAAGAACAAAUGGUAUGAUAAUAGGUCGAGAAUUUCUCUGUUCAAAGGAGGGAUUUUGGGCAAAAAAAUAUGUGAAAGAAGAAAGUAAUAGUAUUAUCGUACACGAUGAAACAAGGGUAGGAUGCAAGGCAAUGUUGUAUUUAAAGAAAAAUGGAGAAAUAUGGAUUGUUUCAAGAUUUGUAAGGGAGCAUAAUCAUGAACUAUUUUCUCCUAAAAGCCCUAGUAAAAUAAGAUCUGUCUUAUGUACUGAAAGUGGUGGUGUUGAUAAUGUUAGAUUUAGUCCACAAGAUGUUAUCAAUUACUUAACUGAAAAGAGACAAAAAAAGUUAGAAAAUGGAGAUGCUCAAAUGAUGUUAUCAUAUUUUAAAAGUUGUCAAUUGAAGAAUCCUGGGUUUUUCUAUGCUUUUCAAAUGGACGCUGAAGGAAGAUUAGCAAAUUGUUUUUGGGUUGAUUCAAGGUCCAAAAUGGCAUAUAAAUACUUUGGUGAUGUUGUUACUUUUGAUCCGACGUAUUUGACAAAUAAAUAUAAAAUGCCUUUUGUUCCAUUCACAGGAGUUAAUCAUCAUCAACAAUCCAUUCUUUUUGGUUGUGCUCUAUUAUGGGAUGAAACUAUAGAGAGUUUUUUUUGGUUGCUAAGUACUUGGUUAGAAGCAAUGAAUGGAAUUUCUCCUAAAACUAUCAUCACAGAUCAAGAUGCUGCUAUUAGUAAUGCAGUUGCAAAGGUAUUUCCAAAGGUUAAUCAUCAUUAUUGCAUGUGGCAUAUUGAGAAAAAAGUUCCUGAAUACUUGAGUCGUGUCUAUCAUGAACAUGGUGAAUUUAAAAAUCAAUUUUACAAGUGCAUCCACCAAUCUACCACUGUUGAAGAAUUUGAUUCUGAUUGGGAAGCAAUGAUUGAUAAAUAUGGAUUACAAGAUAAUCAAUGGCUAAACAAGAUAUUCUCCAUUCGAGAAAAAUGGAUUCCUGCUUAUGUACGUCACAAUUUUUGUGCAGGAAUGUCUACCACUCAAAGGAGUGAAAGUAUGAAUAAAUAUUUUAAGGAUUUUUUGAAUUCAAGUACUUCAUUAAGCCAAUUUGUGACACAAUAUGAAAAAGCUCUUGAUGCACGUUACAACAAAGAAAGAGAGAAGACUUUCAAAACAAGAAAUUCAAAGCCACUUUUACGAACUUUAUAUCCCAUGGAAGAAGAAACUUCAAAAAUUUAUACAAGAAAAAUGUUUAGAAUAUUUCAAGAUGAGUUGGUUGGUUCUCAAUUAUUUAUCACAGAAAAGGUUAAGUUUUCUAUUGAAGUCUCAACGUAUAAAGUUCGUGAAAUUUACAAAGAGAAGCCUAUCUACUAUGUGAAUUUUCAUGUCACUUCAAAAGAAGAAAAUUGUAGUUGUCACAUGUUUGAAUAUUCAGGUAUUCUUUGUAGACAUGUAUUAUGUGUAUUCAUAAAGAAAAAGGUUUAUUGUCUCCCUUCACAGUAUGUUUUACAUAGAUGGUCUAUUAAUGCUAAAAAAGAAAAGGUAAAAGAAGUGACAAUUGAAGGAUUUCAAGAAGGAAGCAGCAACGCUUCUGACACUUCAUUGUUUAAUAGUAUUAUGAUUCACUCCCUCGAACUAUCAGAAAGAGGUCCACAAUCCGAAAAACAUCACGAUAUUGCUAUUCAAAGUUUGCAAAAUGGGAUUGUAAAACUUGAUUUAUUGGAUAUUGAAGAGUCAAAUAAGAAGUUUGUUGAUUCAACAUCUGAAGAUAUGCCAAAAGUAUCUGAUGUUAGCAUAGCUUUGCAUGACCCUCCACUUAUAGCAACUAAAGGACGUCCGCGGACUUUGCGAAUGAAAAGUAGUUUGGAGAUGGUUAGAAAAGGUGCAAUGGCGGAAAACAACCAUGGUGGAACUAGGCUCAGGCGUGUAUCCCAAACUGAGUUUGUACGACGUAAGAAGGUUGUAGUCAGGACCAUGAGGCCACAAGUCGAUGAUAACUCGUUUGAUGGUUCGCAACACCGAGUGUACGUGUUUGAAAUCAUUAAACCACAACCUGAAGAUAUUGGAGUUGGGCCAGCCCCCUGGUGA